UGUGGGUACGUUUGGUUGCGUGGAUGAACCGGCAUUUAUAGAAGAGGGGCAAUGCCUCGGGAUCCUUCGGAAAAGCCUAUGGGAAGAUCUCAGCUUACCUCAGUGUGCUUUGGUGCCGCGCAAUACUUACAAUCGGUCUUCAGUAUUACACCAGUGAAAUUUAAUUUCAUCAGCUUAUAGAAUAUAAAAGAUAGAUAGAGAGAGAGAGAGAGAGAGAGAGAGAGAAACGAAGGAAUAUUUUUUCAACGCGUAUGAACUUUUUUGGAGUCCAAUUACGAAAAAAUAAAAGAGAAGAUCCUGACUUUAUACAUGGCAAAGGAAAACAAUUCUACAGGCCGGUAUGGCCCACUCUUUCCAGUACGAUAUUUAAUGGCCAUACUUGGAUCCAUCGGUUUGGCUAUUAUAUAUGGUUUUAAAGUUAAUGUCAGCGUAGCUAUCGUCGCGAUGGUGAAUCAUACAGCCGUACGACUUUCAUCGAUGCACGAUGAAUUAAAAAGUGAAAAUGCAAGUUUAAAAAUAACGGAAGCUUGUCGAGAUGAUGCAAUUUCAAAUAGAACGGUAUCUUCUACCGAGGAUGGCCCUUUUGUAUGGGACGAACCUCUUCAAGGUCUUAUUUUAUCCGCUUAUUUUUGGGGCUAUAUGGUAUCCUUAUUACCAGGUGGCAGAAUGUCAGAACUGUUAUCAGCUAAAUGGGUAAUGAACGGAUCCGUCUUGUUGAACGUCGCAGCAUCGAUACUAUCGCCUAUUGCAGCGAAUAUACACUAUUCAUUAUUUAUUAUAAUGAGAUUCAUUCAAGGCCUCGGUGGGGGCGUAACGUUUCCGGCUAUGCAUGUGAUGAUCGCCAAAUGGGCUCCACCGAAUGAACGAAGUGUUCUCGCAUCGAUCGUUUAUGCUGGUACUGCUCUUGGUACCGUGAUCUCUAUUCUAUUAUCGGGAAUACUGGCCGCAAAUCUUGGCUGGGUAUGGAUCUUCUACAUCGAAGGUCUAUUAUGUUUAAUUUGGUGUACUGCUUGGUGGUUGAUAAUCGAAGACUCUCCGGAAGAACAAACGAGAUUUAUCAGCGAGGAGGAAAAGAAUUACAUCAUGGAGUCUUUGGGCCAUACUAAAAACAUUAGCGGUCACAAAGAGAAAUUACCAGUACCAUGGGGACAACUAUUAAGGUCUACUCCCUUUUUGGCAAUCUUAAUAGCACAUUUUUGUAGCAAUUUUGGAUGGUACAUGUUACUCAUUGAAUUACCAACUUACAUGAGUCAAAUAUUAAAAUUCAAUAUGAGUUCGAACGCUGGUCUAUCCGCAAUGCCGUUCUUAUGUAUGUGGAUUUUUACUAUGACUCUCAGUAAAGUAUUAGCUAUUAUGCAAGAUAAGAAUUUAAUAACAGUAACCAUGUCAAGGAAGAUAGGAACUUUAUUCGCAUCGUUUGUUCCAAUGAUUUGUUUAAUUGGGGUAUCUUAUGUUGGAUGUAAUCGUGCUUUAGCAGUAGUACUGAUGACUAUCGGUGUUACUUGUAUCGGUGGAAUGUAUUGUGGCUUCCUAUCUAAUCACAUAGAUAUUGCGCCAAAUUUUGCCGGUACAUUAGUUGCUAUAACAAAUUGUAUCGCUACUAUACCAGGCUUUAUAGUUCCUAUUUUUGUUGGAAAAUUGACCCAUGGAAAUCAAACAGUAGAGGCAUGGCGAAUUAUAUUCUUUGUAACUGUAGGACUUUAUAUAAUCGAAAUACUCGUUUACAGUAUCUUUGGAUCAGGUGAAGAACAACCAUGGAAUAAAGUGAAUUCCUCUUCUGAAGGAGUCAAUGAUCAAACUUUACCUCUGAAAAAAAAUCCUAGAAAAUAAUUUGUAUAAUCAGUAAUAUAUAAAAAAUCUAUGUCAUUAUAUACAUCUCAUAAUAUAUAUAAGAAAAGAUUGUAUAUUAUAUUGUUCGCAUCGAGUGACAGAAUUCCUUUUACAACACAUAAUGACAGGUGCUCUCUCUCUCUCUCUCUCUCUCUCUUUUUCUGCAUAUCUUUUAAUCUUUUAAUACAGUUAUAUCUUUUAAUAAAGCUGUAAUUAAAUUAUAUUACUCUGUAAAUCAUCUUCUAUAAUACUCUGUAAAUCACAAUUAGAAAAGAUUUCAUUGUACAAUGCUUUAGAAAUUGUAGCGUCAUACUUAUCUAUAAAACUGUAUAUUUUUUUAUCUUCCUUAAAGCAUUCCUAUAAAAUUUUAGAUAAGAUUUGUAAGUUACGUUUUAUUUAUUUAUUUAAAAAUAAAAUUUUAAAAUGUAUUAUAUUGUGAAGAACCGUAACUUAAGAAUAAUGAAAAAUAAAUAGCUUAUUAAGCUUUUAAUGAGCAAAAAAAAAUUGGUAUAGCGUUAACUUCAAUGAAUUUCAAUUAUAUUACAUAAUCAAUUAUUUUGCAUAAAAGGGCAUAAGAGAGAAAAAGAAAUCCACAUAGAUGGUUCGAGCUUCCUCUCAAUAAUCAAAUAAUUGAACGUUAAAUAUUUUCUGCUUAAUCUCGAAGAAACUGGAAAAGAUUUUCGGAGAGUACUGAACUUGGAAUUUCAACGAUAAAGCGAGAGAGAGAGAGAGAGAGAGAGAGAGAGAGAGAGAGAGAGAGAGAGAGAGAGAGAGAGAGAGAGAGAGAG